CGGAAACUCCGCCGUCCGAAAGCUUUCGGAAUCUGACAGGCCUACCAGGAACUCCAUGAUCUCUCCAGCCUAAUACUAGUGAUCAACGACAAGGCAUUGAGUAUAAGACAAUACGAAAUGUCGACUAGUACCUCUUCCAAAGCUUCUGGUGUGAGAAGGAGAGCUUGUGUCAAUUGCACCUCUGUUAAGUCGAAAUGUUUGCCAUUAUCAUCUGAUGAAUGCCAGCGGUGCAAUAGGCUUGGUAAGCGGUGCACCUAUCUAAAUGUUGUGGAGAAGCGAAAGAGUCCUUCCAGCUCCUCCCGCACACGACUCCUCGAGCAAAGGCUGAGUAGAGUUUUGGCUUUGUUGGGCGACCAAGCCCAGGGCACGCCCAUGAGUGGCUUCGUGGCACAUUUAGCUUCUGGAGACCUCAAUAUGAAUGAGCUGAGCGGCGGCCAGUUUGAUCAAUUGCUGUUACCUCGUGGCUUAACACUACAGGGGACAGUGGAUGUCAUUGAUCGCGGCCUUCUCAGUUUAGAUGAAGCGCAGAUCUUGAUCGACAACUAUCGUACCAAAGCCAUUCAACACUUCCCUUUCGUUCCCGUCUCUUCCGAAACUACUGUCGCUUCUCUUCGAGCUACUAAGCCCUUCUUGUUCAUGUGCAUCAUGGCAACCAUGAAAUUCGACAAUUGCACCAUCCAACGCCAGAUCGGCGAAGAAGUCCGCAUUCAAGCACAUCAACGAGUUUUGAUGCAGUCAGAAAGCAGUCUUGAGCUUCUACAGGGUCUCUUGGUUUACCUAGCAUGGUACCAGUACUUCUUCAUCAGUUACGAGAAGCAGCAAAUUGUCCCGAUCGCACAAUUAUGUGUCUCACUGGUUCAGAACCUGGGACUCGAUCACAACCCUGAAAAUAUGAGACGAAAAGUCGAUCUUGGGCCAGAUGAAACAGCCUCGGGACGAAAGGCCGCACGGUCUGCAGAGCAACUUCGAGCUUUGCUUGGAACAUAUUGCACGGCAUCUUGGGUUUCUAUCAAGUUUCGAACUCGUGGCGCGUUACCGUACACGGGAUACAUCAAGCAAAGCUGGGAACUCCUCCUAGCCAACGCAGAAUAUCCGAGUGAUCUUCUGAUCCCCCAUUUCGUUCGCAUAAACGAAUUGUGCCGUCGUAUAUGCGACACUUUUGGAUACGACGACCUAGAAAACUCAGGGAUGAGGGGAGAGCUUGUCAGUGCCAUGGCUUUGCAGACCCUCAAUAACGAGUCAGCAUUAUUGAAGGCCUCAAUUCCCCCAAAUCUUCAGAACAACUUUGCUCUGAGAUUGGAGGUCCACUUGCUUGAUACCUUACUCGGUGAAGUUUCGCUGCAUGAUGACUUUUGGGAUAGAACAACAAUAGCCAACUUCUUGACGGCCAAUAACUUGUCUUUCUCAAGUGGUACCAGGGUUUCCAUCUUGCUCAACCUUCUUCAAAGCUGCAAAUCAUUGAACGAUGCUGUCAUAGCCUGUCUAGAUGAAGAGCUCUGGUACAUCACGUUUUAUACAACAGCAAAGAUUUGCCGAAGUCUUUUGUGCCUCUCAAAUGCUAGCAAGAUAUCACCUGAAAUCUUUAGAGAGACUGGACUUGUUUCUAACAGUGUCGCUUUCUUAGCCAUUAGCUCUCCCAUCCAUGAUCCUAUGAUGGUUGAAAGGGUAGCUGACUUGAAGGGCGAGGCGAGACGAUUGCAAGCAAAGUUCAAGAAUCUCUCAUCUCAAGUGCAGAGAAUCGGCAAUGAAGAAGACAUCAUGCUUGGAUUCUCGGAUAUGAUAUGGGCAGUGGCAGCUGCGUAUGAGGAGACGAAGAGGCUGGAACCAGGCCCUUUGAACUUUUCUAUAGGAUGUGAUGGACAGAACUCCUCUUCUGAGCUGGGUAGCUCGGAGGGAUAUCUCUCGAGUACUGGUUCUGGAAAUAUGCAACCAGAAGCAGUGUUAGACUUUGGUAUGAUGGAAGAUGAAACUUGGGAGGAGUUGUUGGCCGGGAUUACCACUGCAACCGAGCCUGCAUCAUCGCUACAAGUUUGAGUAGCUGGAUUUAGCAAGCAGAUAGCAUGCACCUCAAUCGAUUUAGUCGGGGAGCCUGGAAAGAGAAUUAUGUAAAAUCCGAG